AUGAAUAUUCUAAUGAGAUUUAGGAAUAAUUUAUUUUUAAUAUUAUUAAUAUUCUUUAUAAAUACUGCGACAUCAUGUAAGUUCGACACCUGUGGUGAGUGCAUCAGCUAUGCGGAAGACCAUUGCGUUUGGUGUGCUCAGGAUGGCAUAACAGGACCAAGAUGCCGUUCUUUUAAGUCAGUUUCUGAAAACACAACCAAGCAGGUCGAUUCAAAGUGGUGCAACCCCAAAUACAUACACAAUCCACUGUUUCAUAAAGAAACAACAGAAGAUAAAGACUUUGCAGAAAGUAAAAAUGGAACCCAGGUACAGAUAAAGCCCCAAGCAAUCAAGGUCAAAGUAAGGCCAGGAGAGCCUGUGGACUUCACCAUCAAUUUCAAACCCGCUAAAGAUUAUCCUUUAGACGUAUACUAUCUUAUGGAUAUUUCUUAUACGAUGGAAUCCAAAGUCGACGAUUUAAAACGGCAAGCACAAAAAAUAUACAAAGAUCUAUCAGCAUACACGAAUAACGUCAGAUUGGGUAUUGGAAGUUUCGUCGAAAAACCAGGAUUCCCGUAUGUUGAUCCUAUAAUACACAAGAGCCAUGCUUUUAGAAACCAUAUUCCUUUAACAGACGAUAUGAAAUUAUUUAUUUCUACUAUAGAAAAUAUUGAGUUUGGAUCAAAUUUCGAUGAUCGUGAAGCUGGUUUGGAUGGACUGAUGCAAGCUAUGAAAUGUCGCGAUGAAAUUCAAUGGAGAGAUAAUGCGAGACGUAUAAUAAUUAUGAGUACAGAUGCUCCGUACCACAGUGCAGGCGAUGGUAAAAUUGUAGGGGCGAUCAAACCUCAUGACAUGAUGUGCCACUUGAAGGAUAAUAUGUAUACGGAAGCCCUAACACUGGACUAUCCAUCUGUAAGCCAGAUAAAUAAAGUGGCAACAGAUGAAAACUUCAAAAUAAUAUUUGCUAUUGCCGUAAACAGUCAAACUAAUGUAAUUCCGGAAACGGAAUACAAAAACUUAGCCAAGCAGAUAACUGGAGCUACUUUCGCAAGGUUGGAAGGAGGCGACAGUGUCAUACAAAUUAUCAAGGAAGCAUACGAGGAAAUGGCAAACACUGUACAUAUAAAGUACAAGGCUCCGCCGUUUGUGAACGUGACUAUUGAUCAGGAUUGCAACUCAGUACCAAAAAGACAUUGUGAAGUUGCACAUAAACAGUCACUUAGUAUCAAUGGAACACUAGUCGUUAGGUCAUGUCCUAAAGCUAAUAAGAACACUAAAUACACAGUUACACUUAAUCCCUAUGGUUUACGCGACAACCUGGCGAUUGAAUUAGACAUUGCUUGCAAAUGUAGUUGUGAGCAGGAAACCAGUAGCAUAGUACCAGGAAUUUGUCACGGCAGUGGUUUUAUUCAGUGUGGAAUUUGCAAAUGUCAACCUGGAAGUUAUGGUAGUGACUGUCGUUGCAAUGGCGCUUCCACGGACCAGCGUGAUAUGGAGAAAUGUAAAAUAAGUAGCGACGCAAAGUUGUGCAGCGGUAGAGGCAUUUGCAAAUGUGGACAAUGUGAGUGCCAAGAUGGUUUUUCUGGAGAUUUUUGCGAGUUUGAUGACAACUCCUGUCCUAAACCAAACAACCAGCUUUGUUUCGGACACGGUAGGUGUAUCCGAGGGCAAUGCAAAUGUGACAUGGGAUAUAGUGAAAAGGACUGCAGUUGCAAAAAUGAUGACAAGGAUUGCUACGCGCCAUACGCUACUGAGGCAUGUUCUGGAAGAGGUAAAUGCAUCUGUGGUGCAUGCGUAUGUGAUAAAAUAAAGGACAAAAACGAAACUUAUUCUGGAGUAUUUUGCGACAGUUGUGAGGAAUGUGCCGCAGCACGGUGUAAGGAACUGGAAAACUAUGCCUACUGCAAUUAUAUUCACCGGGAUAACAAGGCUAUUUGCGACCGUGAUCAAGGAAGCAAGAUUUCUAACAUUAUAGUUGAGUUUAUGAACAAAACCGAGAUAAAUGGACCAAAAUUGUAUAUGGCUACGUGGUGCAAGAAGGAGCUGGAGAGUAAGAAUGGAAGUUUCAUAGUAUUCAAGUACCGAUACGUUAAUCAUGAUUUGAAGAUUACGAUCCAAGACGAAUUGGAAUCACCACCUAAAGCUAAUAUUUGGAUUGCUGCUGGAUCGGCGAUAGGCCUGGUUCUCUUAAUCGGAAUACUAACUGUCAUCAUUUGGAAGAUUCUAGUAGAUUUACAUGACAAAAAGGAAUUCAAGAAGUUCCAAGAUGAAGCUUUGGCCGCCGGCUACGAUGUCUCUCAAAAUCCUUUGUACCAAGACCCGUCCAUUAAUUUCUCGAAUCCCGUGUACAAUAACCAAUGUGCUACGUAA